AUGUCGCAGGCGAUGCGAGCCUGGCGUCCAGCAUCAUGCGCUCUCAGACUUCGUAAAGUCUCACGCCCCUAUUCUGCAGCAACCACUCUGAGAUAUCCCUUGCAAAAGCCAAAAGCCAUUGCAGAACUUCUGCAUAAGAAUGAAGCAUCAGAUGAUGUACAGAUCGACGGCUGGGUCAGAUCAGUGCGGAAGCAAAAGCGCGUUGCAUUCAUCGCAUUGGGUGAUGGAUCAGCAAUCGAUCCUCUGCAGGCCGUCUUGAAGCCGGAACAAGCUGCAGAAUUGUCGCAUGGAACCGCAGUGCGGCUAAGAGGAUCGUGGGAACCAUCUCAGGGAGGAAAGCAGAGCUUCGAACUCCAGACCAAGGAAGUCGCAAUACAAGGCGCCAACGAUGCUGAAAGCAAUCCAUUGCAGCCGAAGUUCCAGACUGCAGAGUACUUGCGAACUAUACCACAUCUACGGCCUCGAAUCCCAGCCAACGCAUUAUUGCUACGCCUGAGGUCGCAAGUGAUCGCAAGCCUUACGCGAUGGUUUGGCGAACAAGAUUUCGUGCAGACUCACACGCCUAUCAUUACAUCCUCCGAUUGUGAAGGUGCGGGAGAGGUAUUCACAAUCUCGUCGAACGCUUCGAAAGACUCACCACAAAAAUCCGAGCCCGAAGAUCAAGCUCAGGUAGAGCAUUUCUUCAGAUCCCCGAAGUAUACCACAGUUUCCUCACAACUGCAUCUGGAAGCACUUGCGCAGGCAGUGAACAGAGUCUGGACCUUGUCACCAACCUUCCGUGCAGAGAAGAGCGAUACAGCUCGACAUCUGAGCGAGUUCUACAUGCUCGAGGCUGAGCAAUGUUUCGUGAGCGACUUGAAUGCAGUCAUGGAUGUGGUUGAAGGCAUGAUGCGAGCCGUGGUCAAUGACCUAACAGCAUCAAAACUGAGUCAAGAGCUGCUCCGAGCACGAGAAGCAUCUGCUAAGGAGACAGAUACUGACGAUCAUGUGGCCACGAAUGUCGCAAAUCUGGAGGAAAGAUGGCAAGGGAUAGUCUCUGCAGACGCUUGGCCUCGAAUUACCUACUCAGAGGCCAUCAACGAGCUGAACAAGGCCGGCUUCAGCUUAGCAUACGAGAGUGGUCUGGAGACCGAGCAUGAGCGCUGGAUUGCACAGCAUCUCGGCCAGGGUAGGCCCGUCUUCGUGAGGAACUAUCCAGCCAUCCAGAAACCCUUCUACAUGCUUCCCAACGCCAGCGGCGGGAGAAUAAGAGGUACCGACACGGUGGCAUGCUUCGAUCUGCUUGUGCCUGAUCUUGCCGAACUGGUUGGAGGGUCACUUCGUGAGCAUCGUCCGAGAGAGCUGCUGGAGGCUAUGCAGAAGAAAGGCCUUGCAGGAGGUAACCUGGACUGGUAUCACGACUUGAGGAAAUAUGGAAGUGUACCGCAUGGAGGCUUCGGCUUGGGCUUCGAUCGACUGCUGUGCUAUCUCAGUGGUGUUGGCAAUAUUAGAGAUGUCGUUGCUUUUCCACGAUGGUACGGCAGGUGUGAAUGCUGA